UGUCGCAAUUGUGAAAUAACAACAAUAAGAUUAAUAACCCUUAAAAUUAAAAAUAAGGAAUAUGACAACAGAUCCUUCAAUGCGCGUAAAUGUCCUUAUCAAUGCCAGUAUUAGCAAUAACAGCCUCGACGACGAUAAUAAUGAAGACAGUGAUAAGAAGCUUAUUAGGCCACGAACGGUUAGUUCGCCAAGAAAUAAUUUUCCAUCUUAUUCAAAUGAUGAUAUUAGCGUGAGAUUUCGAAAUAUCGAUUAUAGAUCUGUUGGAUCAUUCCAAAAUAUUGUAGAAAGUGUUUCGACUCGACAAUCCAUUAGAUUUAAUUCUGAACAAGUUACCCUUGGAGCGAGUAAUUUUUUAUCUAGUAAUUAUGAGAGCCUUGACUAUGAUCCCUGUGAAAAUAAUUUACUUCAAGAUGAAGAAAGAAAUAAAGGUUAUAAAUUUGUAGUAAAAAAAAAUAUAGCAAGAUGGUUUAUAUUUCUUGUAAUAGGUAUUUUUACAGCUUUGAUAGCGUGCUUUGUUGAUAUUUCUAUUGAACAACUAUCAAAACUAAAAUAUGGUUAUUUAAAAAAACUUGUUGAUAAUUGUAUAUAUAAUGAUGAAAGCAAUUGCUUAUGGAUUCCUUAUGUAAUGUGGACAAUUUUAAAUAUCAUACUAGUUUUAAUUGGAGCAGUAUUAGUAACUUAUAUAGAGCCUGUAGCUGCUGGAAGUGGUAUUCCACAAGUUAAAUGUUAUUUGAAUGGAAUUAAAAUUCCUAGGGUUGUUAGAAUAAAAACACUGGUUGUUAAAAUUAUAGGGGUAAUAGUAACUGUUGUUGGUGGACUUGCUGGAGGCAAAGAGGGUCCUAUGAUACAUGCAGGUGCGGUAGUAGCAGCUGGAAUUUCUCAAGGUAAAAGUACAACAUUUAAAAGAGAUUUAGGGAUUUUCAAAUACUUUAGAGAGGAUCAUGAGAAACGAGAUUUUGUAUCUGGCGGUGCAGCAUCUGGAGUAUCAGCUGCAUUUGGUGCACCUAUUGGGGGUGUAUUAUUUAGUAUUGAAGAAGGUACAAGUUUUUUUAAUCAAAGUUUAACAUGGAGAACAUUUUUUGCAAGUAUGAUCUCAACUUUUACUCUCAAUACUAUUCUCAGUGCUUAUCAUGGACAUCUGGGAGAUUUGUCCUAUCCAGGACUUUUAAAUUUCGGAAAAUUUGAAACCAUUUGCUAUAAAAUUUAUGAAAUUCCAUUAUUUAUGAUCAUGGGUACUAUUGGAGGACUACUUGGAUCCCUUUGGAAUCACAUCAACUACAAAAUCACAUUUUUUCGCGUAAAGUAUAUUAAAUUUAAAUGGUUAAAAGUUGUUGAAGCUCUCUGUGUGGCUGUGAUGAGUGCUACAAUGGGUUUCCUUAUGAUAUUUUUUAUCGAUGAUUGUAAAUCAUCAAAGCAGUUUCCUACAGAAAAUCCUGUUCAAAUGUAUUGUAAAAAUGGAGAACAUAGUGCUGUUGCAGCAUUAUGGUUCCAAACUCCAGAAAGCAGUGUGCGUUCAUUAUUCCAUGAUCCAAUAGGUUCACAUAAUGAUUUAACAUUAAUAAUUUUUAUACCUUUAUAUUUCAUUCUUGCUGUAUGUACCUUUGGACUUAAUAUGUCUAGUGGACUAUUUAUUCCUUCGUUACUUAUUGGAGCUGCUUGGGGUCGUUUAAUUGGUUCAGGAUUUGCCAAAUUAUGCCCCAGCUGCACAUUUGUUGAUCCUGGAAAAUAUGCUUUGCUUGGAGCUGCUGCUCAAUUAGGUGGAGUUGUGAGAAUGACAAUUAGUCUAACAACUAUUCUUAUUGAAGCCACUCAAGGAAUAUCAUUUGGUUUACCAAUUAUAAUAGUUUUAAUUACCGCAAAAUGGGUCGGAGAUUUUUUUAAUGAGGGAAUAUAUGAUAUUCACAUACAAAUGGCAGGUAUACCCCUGCUACCAUGGGAAGCACCACCUUUAUCAAAUAAUAUUUAUGCUAGUGAAAUUAUGAGCCAUCCUGUAAUCACACUGAAGACUACUGAGAAUGUUGGACAUAUUAUAGAAAUGUUGAAAUGUGUUACUUUCAAUGGUUUUCCAGUUGUUGAUCCACCUUCAGGAGAUCACGACGAAAUCAAUUGUUACGGUCGAAUUCGUGGCUUAAUUUUACGAUCUCAACUAAUAGUGGUGCUGCAAAAUAAGAUUUUCAACGAGUAUUCUGAGUUUUGGGACAGAGAUGUAAGUAUUAGAAUAUUUAGAGAUGAAUAUCCACGAUAUCCAACUAUUGAAGAAGUUUAUAUCACCGAAGAAGAAAAAACGUAUACUAUCGAUCUUAGGCCUUUUAUGAAUCCUUCACCUUAUAUAUUGAAACACUCUGCCACAUUACCAAGAACAUUCAGAUUAUUUAGAGCUCUUGGUCUUCGACAUUUACCAGUUGUAAAUGAUAUUAAUGAAGUUAUUGGAAUGAUAACCAGAAAAGAUGUCGCACGAUAUCGUAUUUGGAAGCAUCAAGGACGUAUGGGUCUUGAUGAGCUUUCAAUAACAAAUAAAAUAUAAUUCAAGUUGUUUUAUUUUAAAAUGAAAAUUUUUUUA